UCUUCCCAUAAACCCAUGGCGCAUUGCCCUCAUCUCCGCUCGCCGGCGCCGGCGACACUUCCACCGCCACCGUCAUCCACCAUGAACGCUCUCCAGCUCCCCUUUCAACCACUCAAGCCGUCGUCAAUCUUAAACACCACCACCUUAAAGGGCCUUUUUGCCACGGCUCUGAACCUGCUUGAGGACCGCGUGAUCGUCCCGCUCGAGGCGAGGAGGCAACUACCCAGCUGCGUCGACCCGGCUGUGCAGCUCGCCGGCAACUUCGCGCCCGUGCAGGAGAUGCCGUCCCCGCUGCGGAACCUGGGUGUCACCGGCGAGAUCCCGCCCGCUCUGCUCGGCGGCGUGUACGUACGUAACGGCGCGAACCCACUACUCCCGCCGACGGCAGGGCACCACCUCUUCGACGGCGACGGGAUGCUCCACGUGGUGUCGCUGCCGUCAUCUUCGUCUUUGGCGCCGUCGGGGGCAUCUUACACGCGUCGGUUCACGCGCACCAGCCGGCUCGCGCAGGAGGAGGCGCUGGGCCGGUGUGCGUUCCCAAAGGCCAUCGGCGAGCUUCACGGCGGCGCGGGCCUCGCCCGGCUCGCUCUCUUCGGCCUCCGCGCGGCUGCCGGCGUCGUUGAUGUCAGAAACGGCGCCGGCGCUGCAAACGCCGGGCUCGUCUACUUUGGUGACCGUCUCCUCGCGCUAUCUGAGGACGACCUGCCGUAUCACGUGCACGUCGGCAGCGGCGGUGACCUGAGCACCGUAGGCCGGUUGGACUUCGCCGGGCAGCUGCGCUCCCCAAUGAUCGCGCACCCGAAGGUCGACCCCGUCACCGGGGAACUCUUCGCGCUGAGCUACGACCCCGUGAGGAGGCCGUACCUGCGGUACUUCCACGUGGACCCGGCCACCGGCGAGAAGUCCCGCGAUGUGGAGGUGGCACUCCGGCAGCCGACGAUGGUGCACGACUUUGCCGUCACCGAGACCUUCACCGUGAUCCCCGACCAGCAGGUGGUGUUCGACAUGGGCCGGAUGCUACGUGGCGGCUCGCCGCUCGUGCACGACGCCGGGAAGGUCUCCCGCUUCGGCCUACUCCCGCGGUAUGACUCGGACGAUUCCCGGAUGCGGUGGUUUGACGUGCCGGACUGCUUCUGCUUCCACGUCUGGAAUGCAUGGGAGGAGACCGACCACGCCGGCGACGGGCCGGACACCGUCGUCAUCAUUUGCUCCUGCAUGACGCCGCCUGACGCGCUCUUCUCGGAAGCCGCCGCCGAUGCCACGGCGAACUUGCGCGCCACCCUGACCGAGAUCCGGCUGGACCUCCGGACGGGGAUGUCGCGGCGGCGUGAGCUUGCCUCGGGGCUGAGCCUGGAGGCCGGCACUGUGAACCGGACCCUGCUGGGGCGGCGGACGCGGUACGCGUACCUCGCCAUCGCGGAGCCGUGGCCGCGGUGCCGGGGCGUGGCCAAGGUGGACCUGGCGACCGGUGAGGCUGUCGCGGUGCAUCAGUACGGCACCGGGCGGUUCGGCGGCGAAGCGUCGUUCGUGCCGGCGGCUGACGAUGAUGAGAGGGAGGACGAGGGGCACGUGGUGGUGAUGGUGCACGAUGAGGCGGCGAGCACGUCAGAGCUGGCCGUGCUAGACGCGGUCACCAUGGAGGCGGUGACAACGGUGGCGCUGCCGUGCCGCGUGCCCUACGGCUUCCAUGGCGCGUUCCUCACUAGAGACCAGCUCGCCACUCAGAGGACUUUUAUCUCCUAGCUAGCAUAAUUUCAUUCUGCUUAGCUACUGGUAAGUCGCCUAAAAAUCAUAUUUCCGCAUGAAGGAAGCAGCCGGUGGGUAAAAUCUAAGAAAGCGAUCAAGCCAUUCAUUUCGCAUUCGGGGGCUUAAAACGAAUCGAGUAACCUAAAAAAUAUUCUCAGUCAACUCACAACUAGUCAAUCCCAAUUUGUGUUCUUGAAUUAUUAGCUUGAUUUUUCAUUAAGAAAUCAAAUCUGAACUUCUUAGCCUAUGCAAUGGGGGGCAACUAGUAUAGGAUCAGCACCUCAAGUGCGAUCAUGCGAUCUGGUCAGCAAGACCAUUGGAUGCAUAUCUCAUGGUACAGAUCGAGCAUAGGUGGGAUUGAUGGUUUCUCUUGCAUUGGA